AAGUAGGGCAAUAACAUAAGGAAAAGGAAAAUAACAGGAAGACAGAUAAAGAGUGGCUUAGUCCAAAACCUCACACGACUCCCUUUGUUGCGUUGUGUUUCCUUUCGCCGAAACCCUCGCUCGCAACUUCUACAGAAUCCCUUUCACCAUGGAUAUUGAGGAGGACAUCCGUUCUUUACAGCUCGAUUCAGCAGCAGAAGACAAUAAUGGGGUGGUAAAUGCAGAGGAUGGAAGGCCAGAAGAAGUUGAGAAAUCUGAUAAGAUGGAUGAAGAUCCAAAGCAGGAUGUUGAGGCUGAGCCAAAGGCUGUUGAGGCUGAGCCAAAAGUGAAGGAUAAGGAGGUUCCUUCUGUUACAGAUGAAGAAGAUGAACCAGAGAUGACAAAAAGACACUUGAAUGUUGUGUUUAUUGGUCAUGUUGAUGCUGGUAAGUCUACAACUGGAGGCCAGAUACUUUUCCUUAGUGGUCAAGUUGAUGAGCGGACUAUCCAAAAAUACGAGAAAGAGGCUAAGGACAAAAGUCGAGAAAGCUGGUAUAUGGCUUAUAUAAUGGACACGAAUGAGGAGGAGAGGGUAAAGGGAAAGACAGUUGAAGUUGGAAGAGCACAUUUUGAGACUGAAACAACAAGGUUUACUAUUUUGGAUGCACCUGGUCACAAAAGCUAUGUUCCUAACAUGAUUAGUGGUGCAUCUCAAGCUGAUAUUGGAGUGUUGGUUAUUUCUGCUCGGAAGGGAGAGUUUGAAACUGGAUACGAGAGAGGUGGACAAACUCGUGAACAUGUCCAGCUUGCAAAAACGCUGGGUGUGUCUAAGCUUCUUGUUGUCGUCAAUAAAAUGGAUGAGCCUACAGUGCAAUGGUCGAAAGAAAGGUAUGAUGAAAUUGAGUCGAAGAUGGUUCCAUUUUUAAAGCAAUCUGGAUACAACGUAAAAAAAGAUGUCUUGUUUUUACCAAUAUCUGGUCUAAUGGGUGCAAACAUGAAAACAAGAGUGGAUAAAAGCGUUUGUCCAUGGUGGAAUGGACCUUGCUUAUUUGAGGCACUUGACGCUAUUGAAGUUCCACUGCGAGAUCCCAACGGUCCUUUCAGGAUGCCUAUUAUUGACAAAUUCAAAGACAUGGGAACUGUUGUUAUGGGCAAAGUUGAAUCUGGCAGUGUUCGUGAGGGAGAUUCCUUGUUGGUCAUGCCAAAUAAGGAUCCAGUGAAAGUUGUUGCCAUAUUUAUUGAUGAAGAUCGUGUUAAACGUGCUGGACCUGGUGAAAAUUUACGGAUUAGAUUAUCUGGUGUUGAAGAAGAAGACAUAUUGUCUGGGUUUGUUCUAUCUAGUGUUGCUAAUCCAAUACCAGCAGUUACCGAGUUUGUUGCUCAGUUGGUGAUCCUUGAAUUGCUAGACAAUGCUAUUUUUACUGCUGGGUACAAGGCUGUUCUGCACAUCCACUCUGUGGUUGAGGAAUGCGAGAUUGUUGAACUCUUGCAGCAAAUCGAUACAAAGACAAAGAAGCCUAUGAAAAAGAAAGUUUUGUUUGUGAAGAAUGGAGCUGUUGUAGUGUGCCGUGUUCAGGUUAAUAACUCUAUUUGCAUCGAGAAGUUCUCUGAUUUUCCCCAGCUUGGGAGGUUCACUCUUCGCACUGAAGGAAAAACUGUUGCUGUGGGAAAAGUCACUGGUCUGUGAAUUUGUAACAAUUUUGACUUGAGUUAUCUGGAGGACCUUUCUAGUCUUUUUCUUGUCUAAAUAAAAUUAAAGCGGAAUUUUAUUUGGAAACUGACCUGCAAAGGGCUGAGCUGAAAAUUUCAGAUAUUUUGCAUUAUGUUUCAAACAUUAUGUCUAUAGAUUUUCUGGUGUUCUGUAUUUAUUGAAAAAUCAAAUGAUUGUAAGAUAAUAUAACAAAUCAAUUUGGUACUGGCCACUGGAUCACUUGGGUGCUAACAGUCAGUUUUCAUUUUUGUUUCUUGCCUUUGUUUUUAAAGUUAACAGUGAUAUCUAGAUUGUAACGGUUGUUUUUGUGGACAGGACGGGAAUUCCUGCACAAAUAUAGUGGAGUGGCAGCUGAGGCAUAAUUGACAGCAUCAAGUUUACCAUAUAUUCAUUUCGGUAUUUAUUUUGCUUUUACUUGGGGUAGUAUUCAGUGAAGAGUUAUUUGUUGCCGCUGGUGCCCAUGAUGUACUUGUAUACGGCCUUACAAGGCCUGGCUGCUUCAGUAUUUUGCGGUUGGCUGCUUCCAACCGUGCUACUCGUGAGAUAUAAUUUGAAAAUGGAUGGUUUUAAAUCAAUCUGCCUUAUUAGCUGUGGAAUCUGAUGACUAUUUUAGCCCAACAGCGGUUAAACAAAUUUCCUAGUUGUAGUUGACUAGCAUAUUUAAUUCUGAUAGUGAUAUUGUUUUAAUGAAUCAUGUUGCUUAGUAAACGUGAUGGAAUUUUGCUGAACUGGAAAUUUGAAAGUUGGGUUCACCGGCCUGUUUAUGAUUUGAUAAUAAAUUUAUUUGUCAAGAGAGAA